AUGAGCAUUUUAUCUUCCAGAAUGCCAGCUUUUAAAGUCACCGUCUUCUUUUUGAUUUUUUCGGCGAUGUGUAACGCUCGACAAUUCGAAGUUACGGAUGAGGACAGCGCUAUAGGUGCGCUCCAUGAGCGAAAAGACGCACGAGAUGAAACAAGGAAACAGCGAAACAGCGCGGAAAAAGAAACGUUUAACACAGAAGUUGAUGAUAUGCAGCGUCUUUCAGAAUCCCACAGCAAUAAAAGAGAAGACGAUUUGCCCGGAGUGUGGGAACGAUCCAUCGAGAAUGAAAACCAAGUGCAAAAAAUUGACAACGAUUUACCGUCUAGUCCCGAGCAAGCCGACGAAUCGGAAGACCGAGAACAAGACGAUAGUCCAUCGGUUUUAUCAGCACGGAACAUGGCGAAACGACGAGAAAUAAAAGACGGCCCUGCAGAUCUCUGGGGUAGGGGUAUUGAAAAUGGUCCCCCGGGUCUUUGGGGACGGGAAUUAAAUAACGGUCCUCCGGGUCUCUGGGGUAGGGGACUAAAUAAUGGUCCUCCAGGUCUAUGGGGAAGGGGAUUGGAUAACGGUCCUCCGGGUCUAUGGGGAAGGGGAUUAAAGAACGGUCCCCCAGGUCUUUGGGGACGUGAAGCUAGAGGAACUUCAGCUCUGGGCCGUAAAAACGCAAAUGGACCGCCAGGGCUGUGGGGUCGGGAAAUUAAAAAUGGACCCCCGGGACUCUGGGGUCGGGGAUUGCGAAGUGGAGCCGUAGGUCUUUGGGAACGGGAACUAAAAAAUGGCCCUCCAGGACUCUGGGGCAGGGGAUUGCGAAAUGGACCCCCGGGACUAUGGGGUCGUGAAAUCGAAAAAGUCUCAAAAUCAUCGAAAAGGGAACUAUCUGAUGUAAAAAGCACAGAGGAAGAUGGAAAUGAAGACAAAGAGGAUAUUCAAGAAAUGAAAUGA